ACCGAACAUAGGUAUACCAAAAUAUAGCUCUCAAUCAGCUUUCCCAACAUGGCGCCUAUACAGUAUAAACCCAUGCUUCACUGUAUGAUCAAACAUAGUCAAAAAGAAUCAUCAGCGCGUCUCGACGAAAGGUCAGUCACGCUAUCAGACAAUGUGGCUCCAGCAGUUACACUUGAUUCUCAACAUGGUUCGCUCACCACACAACUUCUCGCUUUAUCCCGGGCUUCCGAAGAAAGACACUAUGGAGAUUGUCUUGAAAUCGUACCGCAGAGCCUCCCAUGGGACAGAUCAUGCUCAGGGGAGAAGUCUGUGGCGGUUUCAAGCACGCAAUAUGGUAUCACAGAUUCCGUCAUGGCGCCUAUCACAGUACACGACGGCCCCAUGAUCGUGGUCUUGCUAAGUAUCGUAUUCUCUGCGGUACUUGUGGUAGAGGUCUAUGAGUUUUGGCAACGACGUAUCAAGAAGGGGCAGUACCUAGUAGCAAGCCGAGAUAUAAAGACGCCCACGAGAACCGGAUAGCAACACUUCAUCCAACGUGCUGAGAGGUGUCCUCGGCAAUACAAGAAUAAUGAUUUAGACCUAGCGGCUGGAUGAGAAUGAAACCUGUUGUUAGC